UGGAUUCAUUCCAGUUGCUCUCGCUGGCUGCCACAGUGGAUUUGCCUGUGUGCAACAGGGAGCUGGAGCUGAACCUGCUCUGCGCAUGAAAACACUCUGCAAACAUGGCUGGUAAAAUUCAGAGUCUGACUGAAGAGGAGAGGACCCACCUACUCCCCGUGCUACGCAACGCUCAGUGGGUGGAGGCUGUGGGCCGGGACGCCAUUUACAAAGAGUUCAUUUUUAAAGACUUCAAUCAGGCGUUUGGUUUCAUGUCCAGAGUGGCUUUACAAGCAGAGAAGAUGGACCAUCACCCUGAGUGGUUUAAUGUCUACAAUAAGGUCCAGAUCACUCUCAGCACUCAUGACUGUGGGGGGUUGUCCCAGCGUGACAUCACUUUGGCCACCUUCAUUGACCAGGCGUCACUGAUGUAAAACAUUAUUUCAACAGUGAAACUGAACUGCUGCAAGUCACAGCACUUCAUUUAUCCAUUCCACUGAGAAAUGUGAUGGCGAGUCCUGCAAAUCCAAAGAAUAUGAACCAAUUACUUCCAAAUGUGUUGUGAAUAAUGUAGCUGUAGGUGCUCUAUUGCAAAGGGUCCAAUGUGUUUAGAAAGGAAUGUUGUUGGUUUUGCAUUUGGUUAAUAAAUAAGAUUACUGGCCAAAGGUAAAUGGUAAAAUCAUGUUCACACAUUAGUCAUUGAAAACAUGUACAACAAGUGUGUCCUUCUGUCACAACCAGUGUCUUAUGUGCCAAAUGUUUCUGUACUUUACUGUCAGUAAGUGUUAUUUUCUCAUUCAAACAUGUUCCAACUGGAAAAUGACCAGGAAAUGAUUCUCAUCAGAGUGCAUUUUAUUGAAAACACAACACUGUAGACAUCUGCUGUGGUCAUCUUAGAGUGCAACUGUGUUAACUGCUGAGUGGAUUAACAGCGUUUGCUAUGGAUCAUUUACUAGAAGAAACCAGCAAGCGCUUCCUAACAAGAAAUAAAUUUGCUAAACAAGGAUGCAAUCUGGCAUGAACAGAAAUAUUGUACAACCUUAUACAUUCAGAACCUCAUAUGACGACAUAGUGUACAGCGGUGGACAAGAGUCAAACAGAACUGACAAUAUAAUGCAAUCUGGUAUUAAAAUGACACCUUGUUGACUGCAGGUGUUCGUGUUACUUUGCCCACCCUGUGUAUGUCUGAAAGACCAGUGGACAGUGAUGAUGUCGCUGUUAUGAAGCCAAUUCCCUGAGGUUGUUCGAGAGAAUAUCUGCUAUGACGUCGUGAGUUCAAACCUCUGAAGGCACAGAGGUGCACGCUUAUUAUUGCUACAUAAUGUCACCAACCUGCAACAGCACAAACCAGGACACAGUUUAGAUUUUCUCUGCAGACCUCUAAACAAUCUGUUACAGUGUGUAGUCACUUUCAGUUAAAGAGGAAUUUGCAUUAAAGGUUUUUUAUUCAAAAGA